UCGCUCUGUGUAAUCAAACGGGGACGAGCGAAGGGCGGCACGGGAGCGUGACUCCAACAAGGGGCUGCGGGCUGAAACCUGGCCAACCCCCUUUCCUCCCAUCGGUAGCAUCUCACCGAUAUCCGUGCGUGCUUCAAGUGUGUGUACGCUACUGCAACAGGGGGUCGAUGUGAUAAGCAUAGAAAGUUUCUAGAGUGAAAGCCACCAACCAGCACCGUGAGAAAAAGCAACAAGAGACUCAGUGUGUGAGCGAAGAGUUUUGUCAUUUGUCGAAGGUGUGGGUGGUGAAAGGAUGCUGUGCUCGGGUUGUUGUUGGUACGAAACACGGCACGGUAAUGCUGAAGCAUGACGGGAAAAGAAAACAGUUUUUAAUUAGAGGAAGAAUCAGAGAACAAUAGUCAAGUGCUCGUGGCAGAAACCGACUGGCUGAUUGUGCAAAAACAGCAACAGGAAGACAACAUGUUUUGUGCAAACAAAAGCGAAGAAACGUUUGUCUGCAACUAGAGCGAUUGUGUGCUACGGAAUUUGAGUUGUCGACGUAAAAUCACUGUUUUUAGGAAUAGUGCAGUGUGGAGUUCUUUUCAAAUAGAGGAAUUUUGAUUUAACCAUUCUAAAAAGUUUGAGUUUGUGAAACAGGUGCAAAGUUUUAUGUUCAAUUUUAUUAGGAUACCGCAGGAAGAACAUUCUAACUUCGGAAUAUUUAAUUAGCCAUGCCAAUGUUCUGGAUGACAAUUAUCAGUACUUUGGAAAAGCUAUAUUAAUAAUCAGUAACUGAGAUAACGAAUGGAGUCCCGAAAAAUAACCGCUAUUCAGAUGAACCAAUUAUUAUCAAUUAUUUCAAUAUAACGAUCCAUGAAAAAGAGAAGAAAAAAAUAACCUGGAAGAAGAGCAAACGUUCCACGGGAUGUAAUGUGAAAGAUUGAGAGAUAAUAGAGACCCUUAACCGGGAGGUAAUAUCGGCUGGAAGAUAACGGUGCUAAGUGAACACUCGAACGAAGCAUAAUAUUUGUGAGAAGCGAACGGAUAAAAGUGCAAAAGGCAAAAAAAUGCUUAGGUUAUGAUAACAUUCAAUAUAAAUCUAGAACGGGGAUAACAAAAAGUGAAAUAAAUGUUCUGUGUGCUGAGCGGAGGACGUGGCACGUGUUAGUGGUUUCGUUAAAGUUGAAAGUGAACGAUUUUUUAUUUGCCACCUGAACUGUCCAUUUCAAUUACGUGCUGUAGAGAGCAAAAAAACGACCGGAUAAUCUGCAGGGAGAUUACAAUCGUUUCUAAAAGUCGAGUAAAAGUGCUGUUAAAGCGUUCCUGAUCCCCAGAAAAAGUACGAUCACAUUCUUCGUUCACACUUACCUCCUAUAGCUGGUGGCGUUUUGUGUGAAUAAUGCGCUAAAAACGUUGCUGAAGCGAGAAGUUCUCCUACAAGUGUUCCACGAGCAAGUGUAAUCGCAACGUGUGCAGUGCUUUGAUUUACCUCCGGCGCAGAAAAAGUACGGAAAAUGUCAGCGAUUCAAAAUCACAGUUCGUUCGGUUGAAGCCGUCUGGGUGAUUUAUAAGUGUGCACUUGUGUAUGUGUGUGUGUGUGUACAUUCGAUGGAGCAAUAAUCAUUCGUCGUUUACCCGUUCGCUGGGGGGUGGUGACAUCUAUCGACGGGUGGACGCCCCAGGUUACCUCCUUCCAAAUGGUCUCUCAUCGCCCUGGCAGCUGCUCAUACUGACACGGAUUCUCGUUAGUCUGCUGUCUGCUGUGUUCGUUACCAGCCACGGGCGGCAGUUGAUGUAAUAUUGUGCCCUUGAUAGACAGCAUUGUUGACAACACACGAACAGCAGCACAUAAAAAAAGGAUAACGAUAGUGAACGGAUUUCGCACUGUUUUGGACCAUCCGAUUUCCUCUGCUGUCAGCUAUAAAUCAAAUGGCACGAGAGUUGCCUGCGAAGAGAUGUUGCCAGCAAUAGAAAGCUCUUUCCUAACUGCAGUUGAACAUCAUCUGACUUUUGGAGAGAACGUGCCAAACAAAUUAUCCCAUUAGAAAUUAAAAACUGUGUCGUCGAUUAGUGCCAGGUUGUCCCUUGAAAAGACCCAUAUACUGCAGUAACCGUUGGCCUCUCACUUAUGCUCGUAAACAGCUCCCAUAGUGGACAAUGGCAACCAAACGGAAAGCUGCCACCAGCACGUAAAAAGCGUAUCCCCAAUAAACAUUCCGAUUUAUUGUGUUUUGGAAUUCCCACCCCUCUGAAGCACUCCGAAGGGAAAGAGGCAGCACGGCUCGGCUGAGGGCACGGGUUCCAAUGCUCCACCGUUGCUGCAGUUUCUGCCGCGCCGUUCCAGGUUCAACGGGUAGACUCGGAAGAUGAAGGUUGACAAGGCGGUAUGCACCGAAACGUACGAAGAUUUGAGCCGAGCGUUACGGUUUGAGGCGGUUUUUUCGACUCUGGUGGAAAACAAGAUACUAGCAAUCAAACGUGAGUGUGAGCAGAGGAAGCGGAACAAAAAAUCCAAGGUAAUCCGGCGGAUUUUGUUUGGGAGAAAAGCGUGUAAGAAGACAGGGAAAAAUGGUAGCAAUGAGAAAACUGGCUCCACCAAGCCAAUCGAGGAGGAAGCGGUGGCGCCUGUUGAGAGUGCUGAAAAUAAAACCGAAGCCAUCGGUGGUGUGCAUCCGGAAAAUUCAAUCAUCAGCGACGGUGUUGAUGAGGUUAUCGUCGAGAUUGGCGAUUUGUCUUCGCUGGUCGAUGCCGAUGAACACCUGCUGGCACAGAGUGGAGUUGAUGACACUGUGGCUAGCUUUCGUUCACAAUCGGGGCCGGCAAUUAAUCGGUUCGAAGUUUCCGGAUUGGCCAAUGAUGGUAUGACAGCGGUGAAUGUGGACCAGGUGGAUAAUGAAAGUGCCGGAGCGGUUGGUGGAUGUACCCUCGUGGAUGACCGCUCUUCGCUGAAGAGCGGUACCGUUGCACAAUCUGUAGAUGAUGAUAGAAAAUCAAUUUUGUCGAACGAUGGUCGAUUUAGGGAACGAUGUAGCACAUUAGAACCUGUUAGUGUAUCCAUAGAAAUAGAACCACAUUCCGAUCCGCUUAGUACCCAGUAUGACCUCGAAGACAGCGGAACCAAUGUGUCCAUCGAACUGGACGUGAGUGACAUUUCCGAUAUGAAGCGAAGCAUCGCCUCCGAUCCGGUUCCGAUAAUUAAGAAUAUUAGUAAAUACUGUCAAGGCGCUCCGAAGCAGUCCUCGCUGCUCGGAGUUCAUCGGCUGCGCGUUCUCGAAGCCAAAUCAAUCAGUGCCCAAAAUAGCCCGAUUCUUCCGCGUCAAAAGUCGACCGAAGCACGACAUUUGACGUUUAGUACUGCAACUUAUCAGACGACCUCAUUGCACCAGGUACCGACGAAAUCGAACAAAGACAUCGAAGACACCUCGUUUGUAAUCGAUCUCAGUCGUGAAACUGGCGUCGGAAACGGAGACACUAGCGGCGCCACUAGCAAUCUUAGCAACUGUAACUCUAUUGUGAUACCGACGGACAAACAUCAGCCAGCACUACUAGAAGGCAGCAAGCAAAGCGUUAGUUGUAGUGCUAGCCAGAAAAAGUCAGCAUUAGUAGUAGGCGAUAGCAGUAGUAGUAGCGCUAGUAGGAAGAACAAAUUAAACCCGGCUUCUACGAGUUCCGACCAUCAGCAUAAUCAUCAUCAUCAUCAUCACCGCCACCACCAUCAUCGCCACUCGAAGCGCUUGAGUGAUGUGGUGGUCGAGUACGAUCAGACGCCACCCCAAACGCCGGGACUCAUCGAAAGCUUUAAUCAGCUGACGUCUCCCAAUCUACCUGUGAUAACGAUGCGUCAAGCCACGUCGCCGGUUAGUGAUAUGAUAAAGCUGCAUCGGCUGUCCGCUGCUGGUAGUGGCAGCCGUUCUGGCACAUUCUCCGCACAACAAGCUCAACAACCCAAUCAGGAAUUCAGCCAACAAUCGAAACCGGCACAACCGACAACGACAAUCAUCAGUGAGCUCAAUGAAAAUGGAAACGGUACCGGAAGCCGAAAGCAUCGGCACGGUUUUCUCAGACAAUCAAGCUGCGAUGUGGAACUGCACUACAGACCAAGCAGCAGGACAUCGAAUUCAAAGCAGUCGAAACAACACGAUCGGCACCGUUCGAAGGACCGCUAUAGCAGAGAUAGUUUUAAUCGAGCCACGACAGUCACUGCUAGUGGGUGGGAUGAUCCUUACGGUGACGAUCAAGUGAUAAUGGCGGAACUGAACGAAAGCGACGAAGAGAAACUCAACAAACGAAAGUACAAAUAUUUGAAGCGCUGUUCGGAUCCGGUAAUUGUGUUUCCUACCACUAGCACCGGCGGCGGAGGCGGUUCAUUCGGGGCUGGACCAAGCGGAAUAGCACCAGGGGGUUUCGGAAGCAGCGGUCUCCAGCAUUGCAUACUCAGCCGGCCACCAAAUCAACCGAUCCAAUUCCCAUACGAUGAAGAUUUUAUGUACGACGUCUCGCUGCAGCUUGAAUCCGACCGACACGGUGAGCUAGAUUCGAUAGUGCCUGAACAUAAAAGAAGACAUAAACAUAGACAUCACCAGCAUCAUCACUGCAAGAAGAAAAGACACAAGAAACGGAAAAUCCUGGUUCAUGAUUUGGACGAUCAAAGUGUUAAGGUUAUAGACCCUGACGAUCUUCCACAGCGCGCACGUUGGACGAUAAUCGCAACCGCUUGCCUACUACUGAUAAUGUGCCUGCUCCUAGUCGGAAUAACGCUCCGAAUGGCUCCCAUAAUCGACGAUAUGGUCCGCCAGGAAAACGAGCGCCUCAUGCGGGAGUCCCUCGACAGAGCCAAGAUGAUAAAGAAUUACACCGAAUACAACCGGCUGAUCGCUGGCGGUGGAGCGAGCGAACAUCCAUAACGAUACUGGCUCAGUCCCACCAGAGCACUUCCAGCCGACCUGCCGAUUAUGGUUUGCUUCUGUUGGAGCUUGUACUACGACCGCUCCACAACCCCCUUCUCUCGGUGGUAUCCCGGAAGCAGCAACGAUACGCACACAUGUAAAUUUUGCUCCUGGAUGACCUAGCAGUGCAGCCGUCACGCCACGGGAUGGAUUUGGACCGUAUACUCGCCAACUGACAGUUGUAUCCACCAGCGGAAUCAACAUCAGCAGCAGCGCGACGCUAGCCGAUAAUCGGUUAUUUUUAAUUAAUUUCAAACUUCACAGGCAAAUUCAAUUAAAAUAGCACUCACGCGGUAGUAAAUUGUCCGCCGAGCGGACGCGCAACUAUCUAGAAUGGCAUUUUCUGUAAAACAAAAAAGAUGGCGUGGAUGGGCUGAGUUUUACGUUUUAACGUGGCUUUGGGGUUUCGUGCAAAAAGCACCCAAAAUGUGGGUUUCAGCGUUACCAUAGUAACGUAUUUGAGUUUUAUGCUGAAUGAAAGUAUGACUUACGAGUAGUUUUGUUCUUUUCUGUACAAUAUUUGAUAUAUUUGAUCCCAAAAAGUACUAAUAUCUGUGUUAUAACUGCGUUACAUUUUGAAAUAUGUAGUAUAGGUUUCGCAUUUUAUAUUAAAGAUACAUUGCACACUGGGCCAGAAAUGGAAACUAGCGGAACGAAAUUAUUAGCGCUCUUAGGGUUUGAACAAUCGGUUUCCGAUCUUCUACAAAGUUUCUUGGUAUAGUUGAGGCGUCAUUUUGGAAGUUUGAAUUGGUUCGGAAUUUAGCCUCAAAGGUAUAAAAUUAUCACAUAAAACGUGAAAUUCAGACAAAUUUUACAAAAACUCGUAGAUCUCUGAAACUUGAAGAGUUACAAAUUUUGUAUAUUCUGUAAAGUUUCAUGGAAUUUAGAGAUCUACAACUUUGUCGAAUACCGCAAAGCUCUAGCGUAUAAGGGAAAGAAGUUGGCAUCGCAACGCCACCUUUGCGGCUGAAUUCCGAACCAAUUCAAACUUCCAAAAUAACGCCCUAACUAUACCAAGAAACUUUAUAGAAGAUUGGAAACCGAUUGGUCAAACCCUAAGAGCGCUAUUAAUUUCGUUCCGCUAGAUUCCAUUUCUGGCCCAGUGUGCAUUGGCUGAAGCUGUGUUUGUCGCUUAAAAAAUCUUUUGAUCUUAUGAAUUAUUUUCAGAAGAUUUUUAUUUGUUCAGUCGAACCCAUACAUUCGCAGGCUCUUGUUUCGCUGCAUGUUAUCAUGCAUAUUAAUGUGGUUUAUCGGCAUGGAGGUUUUCUGUCAAACCAAUUUUCUAUGUUUUCCAUGUUGAGGAAAGUAAAAAUAAUAUUGACUGUGGAAGCGCAAUGCUGCGUUUUUUCUCAAUAUUAAUGUCUUGAAAAUACUUGUGUUUACUAUUUUCUCGUCAAUAUGUUGGUAAAUUCGGCAACAUUUUUAAAGCAGGGGAUUUGCUCAAUAGUUCAUGUCAAUCAAAUCAUUCAAUUAAAAACCAGCAUAAAAUACCAUAACAUUGAACGGAUUUCUUCUGGUCUAGGUUAGGAUUUACAUAAAGUAUGAACAUCCAAAAUUAGCUCGAAAUAAUCUGUUAAAUUAAGCAUUACCACUCAAAAAAUAAUUACAAUCUCCUACCUCAGGAAACAAUUUUGUCGCACUGUUCCACACAGUUACUUCGGGAUUUGUCCGGCAACCGAUUAAAGUUUUUCGUUAAACAUCGAAGCUCUUUCCAAAACUUACUGAUCUUAAUUUUGCCAUAAAAGGUUUUCAAUAGUAAAAAUAUAUGGGAUGAAUUUUUAAAAAUCUUAAAUUCCAAUUGAAUCCAACUAUUCUUAACUGUUUUUACUGCAAUGAGUUUGUCCUAGAGCUCAAACUGGAAAAAUAUGAAAGAUUAUUGCUUUCUAAUUGCAUUCCCGGAAAUUUCCAUGUCCCUAGCAAGCCUAAACGGGCGUCAAAAGGUCGCAGAGUAAUUACUCGCCGGGUUCGUCACUUCUAAGUUUACUCACGGGAGAACUAUAUUUGAGUCUCUUAAGCCUUUACGUACUUUCGACUUGGCCAGGAGUACCGUAAUUCCCAAACAAGCUGUACUGAAAGCUGAUUGAAUGAAGUUUUCUGCUGAAUGUAUGACGUUACAUUAAUCUUCGCACGCAGAGGGUAGAAAGAUUUCGGUUGCUCCAAUUUCCACAAUGUCUGAAGAAUGGAGUCGUAUACCUCGCGGUAAUAUAGCAGCAACAUCGUUGAUGAAGAGUGAGAACGAAAGUGGGCCCACAUUGCAGCCUUGCGGCACUCCAAAAGAAGUUAUGAAUAGCUUAGAAGGUGACGACCUAAUACUAACACUUACAACUCUACAACUUUAAGCACGGCAGAGAACUCCAGUUGAUCCAACUUUCGUAAAAAAAAGUCAUAAUUCAGACGAUUGAAAGCUGCCUUGAAGUCCGCGUAUACAGCAUCCACCUGCAAUCCCGCAUCCAUUGAGCGAGUACACAACGAAAAUAACUGCCACAGAUUGGUUGCAACGGAUCCAUGUUGGUCACGAGAAAUGUAGUCCUUACACGACUCCACAACACUGUUUUGACGACUACUUCCAAAUCUUUGGAAUAAGCAGUGAUUUCUCGAUAAUUGGCUCUGUCUAGCAUCUGUCCCUUUUUUAUAAAUCCGCGUGGGAAUUGAAUUGUUCCAUCUGGUAGAAAACAAUUCUUGUUACAAAGCGAGUAAUUCUUCGUUAGUCGAUAUUUUAAGCAUUGUUUACGAAAUGUCAAAACAAAUCAAAGUAGGCGAAAGUAUAGACACCCACACGGUGCUCCCACAGACCGUUAUAAUAAAAAAAAUGCGCCAAAGAAUCUGAGUACACCAUUCGAUUACAGACAAAAGACAAACUUAUAGACAAAAAACUGAUUUUGAGAAGGAGUGUUCCACAAAAACUCUAUUUUGUCGUGUCCAACGCAAAGAUAGGACAUCGCAGUAUUGAGCAAUUGUUUUUCUUUCGAAAUUUUCCACAACUUUGCUGAAGGAUGCAAUCUGCUAUAUUGAAAAUUAGGAAAAAAAAAUUUUUUUUAACUGUUAGGUGGAUUAUUCGAAAAACUAAAAACGCCAAAAGUAAGGCCUUGUUCUAUGAAACAAUUUUGCUGAAGACAUUGAGUACAUGAAAUCAAUUUUUCACAGUCAAAUAUAGGACGAUCACGAUUUUUCGAGUUUAGACCACUGUGCACUGUGGGAUUUUCAAAUAAAUCUUUCCUUCAAUUGUUAUUGUCUUGAAAUAUAACCCUAUAUAUAAUAUGUGUUAAAACUAUUUUUGAAGUUAUUUCAUAAAAUGGUGGUUGAAAAACGUGCUUUACAAUAAGCAUUUCGUCGUUUUGAUAUCACUUUUUUGUACUUUACAACCUUUAAAAUGACAUUAGUCAAAAAUGUGCCGUACGAUGAUUUUGAAAUUUUGACCAGACAUUCUGGACGUCAUAAAGAAUCGAAUGGUGUACUCAGAUUCUUUGGUGCAUUUUUUUUAUAGUAACGGUCUGUGGGAGCACCGUGACCCAGCUUUGUUUGAGUGAAAAGGGACGCUCAUAGCUUGAAUAUUGCAAGAAUUACACUGUUUUAAAGGUUUGCAGAUUAUCGCUCUACUGCUAUCCGUUCGACAGACAGUGAAUGAGCGCUGAAAGAGCCAGCAAUAUGCCCGUAAGAAAGGAAACGUCGUACUUAUAGUCUGAAGUAGCAAGAAAAAAAGUGUAGAUUUUGUCCGAAGUCCACGUACAUUUUAGUAAAACAUACGUAGCUUCCGUACAUUGACAAUAGGACGGACUUAACUCGGUCGAUUCGAACGGUGAAUAAGAUACGGUGAGCAGUAAUAGAGAAAGGCUGGAAGCGAUAGACAGCAGGGGCCUUGUCAAGUAAGGGACAGAAUUGUAUUUGCGUUGGUUAGGUUGCUGGCAGACACUUUCUCCAUCCCUACACGCUGAUCCGGGAUGGCUGCAGGUCACUGGCGGGGAGAGAUGAUUACUUCCAUAAUACCAAUUUUACUGCGUCCCGGUCUUUGAAUUUUCGACGAGGAUCGGUGAGGAACGUCCGGCAGAAUUUGGAAUGUGCUAUGGAGAGCCUAUCAUAUCUUGGUAAAUAGAAAACGGAAUCAUACUUGCUGUUCUAGGAUUUUCAAAGACCCUUACUCGACACCCGCUCGCGGGCCUAGCAGGUAACUAAACCGACUAUAUAAAAGUUAUAAAUUUGAAGAAAUCUGAGAAGAACGUUUGUCAAAUCAGUUUUUAUUGCUAGGAUUACUUUUUUCACAGUAAAGGAUCUCAAGUUCAUUAAGCAGCCAGUAUGUGGAGCAGGGGAAGCGAAAAAUAAGCGAACUGGAAAUAUGAUACAGAUUUGGAAAAAUAUACCGCAUCCCGACGGGACAAUUUGCAAAAUUGUUUAGGUAAUAAAACCUACAAACCUACAAACCUUCAUUGAAUUUUGAAAGGGUGCUGCCAAUAUCUGACCGAGUUGGCGCAAAAUUCGUGUCUUAGUUAACUUCGCACAUCUUUUGGUUCACUUGUAGAUCGACUUGUCAACGUAAUAAAAACAAUAUAAUAACUACUAAAUCAAUUAAAAACCUCUUUAAGCGAGUUAAAUACCUUUAUUUGACCAAGCAACACGAAACUAUAGGAACACACAUUCGCAAUUAUAGGUACACUGCCGCAACUAUUAGAACAAGAACGUUCAACAUAUUUUUGUUGAUUUCAAGCUUCAAAGAAUGUUACAAUCAAUUUCACGGUGCAAAAUUACCAAGUCGAGCCCAUUUCGACAAAAAAUAGUGAAACGUACCAGCUAGACUUGUUUUUCUCAGCCAAAAUAUGGCUAAACAAGCAUAACUCGUGCUUAGCUCCUCCACUAUUGGGUCAUUUACCCUACGUCAAUCAAGAUCUUUACUGAAACUAGGCCAGAAGAGGUUAUUUCUACUUAAUUGUUCUGCCGCUAACUGUUUGUCUUCAUAACACAGAACCAAUUUGAUGUCCCAAAAGUAAAACUGGUUUAAAAAACUCGUGAUAACCGUAUUUUUCAAUCAAUUUUAUAAUUUCCUGUUGGUUACUUAAAACUGACGUCUUAAAGUAGAACGUGCUUCAAUAAAUCAUAAUUUUUCAGAAUCUCACUGCGGAUUUCACUUUUUGUGUAGGAAAAAAAUUAUUGUAAAUGUAAAUUGGUUUCACUGCAACAAAUGUUCAGUUACAUUAAACAUUAAUUGGUAGCAAUGUUCUUUGCGAUAAAUUAUGUUUAUCUGGAGGAGAGGUUGCCUACAUUAUUCAGAAAUCCCAAAGUAUAUUGUUCGUUCCUACUUGAAUCGUGUGAUCGUGUCUUGAAUACCUUCCAACGUUUUUUCCGAAAAUUAUGUAUAUUUUUACAUGAAAAUGCGUAAGUAAGAAAUCAAUGUCUGCAGAGCCGGAUUUACGAUUGUGGGGGCCCGGGGCCCAGUUUACAGUGGGGGCCUCGAAAUAAAACAAAACCGUUUUUUUUAUCGUACGAGUUAAAUCGUAUUGAAAAGUUACCAAAAAUUUGUAAGAGUUUUUUUGUUCAGAGAACUUAUUAAUUAAAUAAUCAACAUUCAACUCUUUCAGAAUUUCGUACUCUCAACUUAAAAAUGCUAAGUUUGACAGCAUUUCAUUUUUCAUAGUCGUACGCAACCUAUUUCCAAUCAUCUUCAUCUUCAUCUUCGAAAAAGACCUUUCUCCAGUUACGUUCGAGAUCAUUAUGCCUUGUUUAGACUACGCCGCAUAUUUCCUGAUAUCGCCAGAUGAUAUUGGAUAUCACUUCGGGUGUUCACUCUACAGUCAGAUGAUAUGGUUUGACAUUUACUUCGGUAAUUGAAAAGAGAAGAAAACAAAAAACAGGUCAAGGCAAAAACAAGACAACAAGAGCAAUGUAAUUAGGAUAGAGAUUUCAGCUAGUUGGCUCGCACCAAUGUGAACUCUCAUAAGCAAUUGUCAAAAUGUGCGGGAUGACAAGAGUAAAAAUAUUUCCUUCCUUCUAUUUCGCAUGCAGAGCGAAUUUCGAAAUUUGUAGGGUUGCGUCAAAUGUCUGUUGGUCGUGUUGCCAACUGCUGCAAAUCUGGUUUUUAUUGGUUUUCGAACAUGAUAUCGAUUGUAUGGAAUAUCAGGUGAUAUGGAUAUGACAUGGUGAUAUGGCCUCGACAGCACGAAUGGCCCGAUUUCGGGUAAUAAGGAGUGUAGUGUGAACGGGGUAUUAGGCUCAAAUAAAUCCUCAAAUAAAAUGAUUUUUGAAGGCACUAAAGAGUUUUAGAUUUUUUUCUUCUGUAAUCUUCUUUUACGAGCUCCACUUUGAUAUACACGCGGGGUUUUGUGGCGAUCGCACAUUUUGAACAAAUGUAAUAAUAAAUUCGGUGCUUUCUUACUGUUUACAGCCAAACCUGAAAUUCGAAAAAAAUUUCUUGAUAUCUAAAAAAAAUCCUACCGCAAUUUGAAAAAAAUGCAAUCCACAGGCAAAAAUUUGCACACGAUUUGAGAGAGACUCCGCAAAUAUAAGGCGCAAAUAUAAGCAAUAAUCUACAGAAACUAGGAAAAAACUACACACAUCUGCAGGUCAAUAAAAUUUGCACACGGACAAGUAAGCUUAUUUAGAGCGGGGGCCUAGUGUGGUUGGUAACGUCUCCGCCAACCACACUGAAGGAAAGUUUCAGAUUGGAAUGGUCUGUUUAAAUUUUCUUGCUGUAAAUUAAACUUUUGAUUGAAUCUCAUUAUUGAUAGCGAAAAGAACUUUUUCUCGUUUUGUGAAGGCCCGGGGCCCGGGCCCCCUCGGCCCCCCCUUAAAUCCGGCUCUGAAUGUCUGGUAUUUUUUCAAAAUCAAGACCAGAGUGGCAAUAGAAUAUCUGAAUAUUUCACUCAAUCCUAAGAAAAGUCCUUUGAAGUACUCCAUCGAAAACCAACAAAUCGAUAUUUAAAAAAUAUUUCAAAGAAAAGUCAAACUUUUUUCGAUUAUUUAAUAAACCGCUCACUAGCUGUUGAACAAUUAGUAGGUAAUGAAUUUAUAAGCACAAAGUUACAGAUUAGGCACUGUAAUACUAUUCUAAUUAUUUAUUUUAUUUGUUGUUAUAAUACCUGCGAAUACUUCUCAUAGACACAAUGCAGCCAUUCGAGUCGAUAUAACAAAUAUGACAGAGAACCUCCAUGAUUGUGCAAACCCGCAAAUCCACUCAAUCAUAAAAUUUAUGUCUGACAACUUUACAUCGAUUCCGCUUGUUCGAGUUUCACAGAGAAUGCCAUUCGGGAGUUGAAACGUAGGUAUAACGUCAGACCGUUGCACCGCCCGGAACAUACGCCCAUCCAGCGGAAGUUCCAAAUACCAACAGGUGAUAAAUGAACGGUGGGUCGGUGUGGGUGGUACAAUUUGCACGUGCUCGCAACCGCCGCGGCCGCUAAUAAUUAUUAUUCGAGCUACCCAUGGAAUACUGACUGCUGAUUGUUUGAAUUAAUAAAAAUGUUAUAUCCAGAAGCGCAUUCCGAUCGCUGGGGCAGCGCAACCGAAGCGGUACACACAUCCGUCGGAUGGAAAGCAAUACCAACUAUUUAUUGAACGGAACGUUGUUGUUUUACGUGGAAAUUUAACCAACUUUUGAGUAAUGUUUAGUAGCAAUCGAGUUACAGUCAAACAGCAGUUUAUCUAUAUUUUUCCCAAGGAAAUAAAGUAUGUCACUUGUUACAGUUUUAUCGAUUUUAUUUUGGAAACUAGACAAACUAAUUGUACAUUAGCUUAGUUGUAGUACGAGUAUGGAAACAAUAGGGGUCUUCACAUCGAGCUCGUAUACGAAUACCCAGCCGUAAACUGUGUAUCUUCCAUUACUCGUCAAUGGAGGUGAGUAUUUUUACGGCUGGGUAUUUGUUUACGAGCUCGACAUGAAUACCCAUAAUGUUUAGACUUUUGUAUUGCAAUGAAACGAACUACCAUCAAAGGAUCAAAAAUCUACUGCGUGAAACAUUUGUUUUGUGACAAAUUGCAACUACUCUACGAAAAGUGAUGUUAGUUAUUUAUUGUAGUACUAUCCGGUCGAUGUAGAGCUAAUAGUUAAUCAAAAGGUUGGUCAAAAGCAACUGCAUAAAAUACAUUGAAACAAUUGUUUUGUGGUUCACUACGGUGGUUAACGUGAGUAUAAAUUGAGGCUGUUAUCGUCCAUACCUGAGGACCUUUCAUCUGCCAUAAAUCAUUAUAAGCUUCGUUUACAGUUAACCAGGGAAGAUGCGUUGGAAUAGAAAAAAUUGAAGAGAUAUAUUUUUUAUCAAUAUAGGUCUAUCCCGCGCGGUGAAAUGCGAUGGCUGCGGAGAAAUAGAAACCUAUUCAACCCUCUGUAAUGAGCUCAGGGCCUAAUGUAAGGAUCUGGUAGGAGGCCAGGGUUAUCCCUAUUUGUCGUUUACUCUGUUGCUCGUAUAUCGGAUACUGCCGCCAGCGCAACCAGAGAGCGUGGCCUAUGCCUAGCCACACAGUAAAACGAGAACAUUAUGACGUCAAACCGAAUCUGUUGCAUGAAUAGUUCACAUUGAUAUACCUAUGUAUGUACUUAUGCGGAUGAAGGUUUCCAUGAAACAGCCUUCCUGAGGGCAACAAACUUUACUGUUCAAAAAAUUUUCGCAAGUAGUAGUUGCUCAUAAGUUGUUCACGGGAGUUAAUUUUAGCUCGCGUAUUGCUUCAACCGCAGCUAGUGUAAAAUUCAAGUUAAAAACCACCAAGCGGCGACAGAUUUAAUUAAAGCAUAUCUCAAAUAUUACGUCCCAUGGAAACUUCGGCUUUUAAGCCACAGACACCACGUCCACGCCCUCUUUUGUCAUUUGUUUCACCAAAAAAAAAACAAUCAUGCGCCGGGGGUUAUUAAAUUUCCGUUGUCCGUCUGUCUGCUUCAUUCUUUGCGAAGAUUGAGUUGUUUGUUGUUCACGUCGCGUCGUAAGUACCUCCUAACUGAUAGGCCAAAACGCAACGCGGGAACUUUCGCUGUGGUUUUUUUUCGUUCUACUUCGUUUGGUUUCAAUUUGAGGUUAAGGUUCAGCAGCUGCCAGUAUUACCCAUCCACCGAACAGAGGGCGGUUUGGGGAGGAUAUAAAACCUUCUAACCACACCCCAAUUAUCGACACCAGGUUCGCCGUGUUGUCGAGCUCGAGACGGUAUGUCACUGGGCAAUUAAAAUUAAUUACCAUCUUUCAUUAGAUAUAUAGUCCGGUUCUUCUGUUCGUUUGCGAGGGAUUUUAAUGAAAUUCCUUUCCGUUCGGUUUGUAGUAUAACCCACUGUACGUAAGCUCUUGACAAAUUGCUUCUAUUACAAUUGUGCCAAUCAAACGAGCAAAAGUGGAAGUAUCAUAAAAAAUAAGCUCCUUUCAGUCAAUGGAGCAUAAGGUUUUUCCGAUGUCUCUUUGGUCUGGUCUGUGCAGCAAAGUUCAAUCAAAUGAGGUAUUUGAGCUCACAAGCUGAAAUGAUUUCGCAGAAAAAUUUAAGCAAAAAGCUUUUUCUGUAGUUCAAAACACCUUUAAAAUACAAUAGUCUCGGUGGAAGGAUGACUGAUUCUAAUCGUUUGUUUUGGUGACUGUUGUCCAGUUUGUCCAAUAACGCUUCAGCAUACUUUCACGUUCAAAUCGAAUCGAUGAUGCGCAUCCCAAAAAACAGAGGUCAAAACCAUUAUAAUUAAAACCGUUUUUCCGACAGUUGGGGAUAGUUUUCAAUUGAUAAUCUUCUAUGCUAUAAGAGUGGAAUGCAGUAGUUCUGUUCUCUAUCUUAAACUAUUUUUUUUUCUUAUUUUUAUGAUUCGAAUUUUUUCGGCAAUUUGGGCUCUUUGAAGUUACUGUUUUUUUUUUUCGACAAUUUAUUUUAUAAUUAACCUUUUGAAGGCCUUAGAAGUUAUUUACCUGCUAUUCUAUUUCCUAUCUCCGGGCGCCGGAGUCUCUAGCAUUAGUUCUGGUUACAUUUGCCGAAUUUCUGCCAAGUUGAACAGCAUUUUCCGGUGAUUCAGACAUCAGUUUCGCACCAUUAUCAGUGAUGACUCUCCAAGUAGCUCGUUAAUCUCAAAUCUUCUAUUAUUACUAUCUCAAAUAAGGAUACUGUUUAUGGUUUGAAAGUUUCUUGAUGUGGGACUACGUCUUACCUUAAUAGGUGGCAUGCUGUACAAUGUGUUAGCGUAAAUGAGCCCUCCUCAAAUGCAUAUUAUGUUUCUACCCCUGAACGGAUUUUAAACACCAAUGUCUUGAUCGAAAGGUAAAGGCUUCUUCAAACUUGUAGUUUAAUAAUUAGCAUAUAUUUUUAUUAAUAAAUUGAUAAAAAGUUCAGUUCAAAAUCAAUCGCUUUGGUUUAGUUUCGCUUCUAUAGCUGAGAACAGAAUGGUUUAGUGUAGAAUCGUAUGUACCACCUGCCGUUUUUUCUAACUUUUGGUAUAAUAACUAGCAUAUCUUUCUAACUGCAAAUUAAUGAAAAAACAAACUCGCUUUCUGUUUCUGAUGUUUAUUUUCGAGCUAUCUUCUGAAAACUCUGCCUUUUUUUCAAGUUCUCGCAGUUCAUCCUAGUUUCGCAAUACUAAUUUAUAAAAAAAAACGGUCUCACUCAUGCAACAGUAUAAACCAUAUCGUAUCGUGUUGCGGCUUGGAAGGAAAACAACCAAAUUGUUCUAGUGUCGGAUCGAAGCAGAUACCAAGCAUGCAACUGUUGCGUGUUGCAUAUUGAUAUUGUGCGACAAGGAGAAGAUUCUGUUCGUGCUGACAGUAACUGGUGACAACCAUGAGUAUGAAGUUCCAAUUUCUGCUGUGAUGUCAAACUAUAACCGUUCUUUUGAGACGUUUCAUCUUUUUCAAUGAAAUGUUGUGAACUUUCUAAAAUGGAUUGCUGAACAUUUUUGUUUAAAAUCGGAGUAGUGUCGCUGGUUAUGCACAGUAUCAUCGAAUUGUGCUGCAUAGAAAUUUGGAAAAUUUAGUAAGCGAGUAACUAAGUCGAAUCGCAAAUGGUUUUGUAAAUUAUCGAUAAAAACUAUGCCAUGCGCAUCCCAAAACUUCCCCGGACGAGCAGCAUUAAACCGUUAUUUCGUCUUUCGUGGCUCCUUCGCACUUUUAAAUCGAGCCAUUCAGGCGCCAUUGGGGUGCUGCAAAAAACCGGAUGCUUGCAAAACAGAAAUUUAAUAUUAUUUUGACGUGGGACUACGUCUUGGCUAACACGAUUGAUUUCUGUCCCUAGUAAGGCGUACUUGAAGUUAGUAGUCUUUCUUUUCCGCGAAAACGAGAUAACUGAGCAUUUUGAUGGAUUUACAUCCAUACAGUUUCGAUGACACCAAUCGGCAAAGAUAUCCAGUUGGUGUUGAAGGUGGUGGUAGUCUUCAAUUGUGUGCACUCGGAGAUAAAGUUUCAAAUCGUCCGCGUGAGACAGCCUUGGUCCUUCAAUGACAAGGUUCACAUCGUUAAAAUAAAGCAGGAAGAUCAGCGGUCCUGAGUGGCUUCCCUGCGGUAUUCCAGACGUAGCAUCGAAGUAGGGAGAAUGGCAAUCCUUAAUGGCAACAGGUAAACGGCGACCGGUGAGAAACGACUGAAACCAUUGUAAGAGAUUUCCAGUAAUCCUGAGCAUGUCAAGUUUUGCGAUGGCUACGCGGUGGUUUAGUUUAUCAAAGACAGCUGUCAAGUCAGUGUAGAUGACGUCCGUCUGAGCACGUUUCGACAUACUUUCUCUCCGAAGUCUGGUACAAAAGAAAACAAACAGAAAUUUCAACUUCAUUUUUCUUCCUAAAACAGUAAGGGGUGUUACGGGCAAUUUUUUUUUUUUUUUCAAUAAAAAAUGACACCAUGUUUCUUUUUUAAUGUAAUUCGAGAAUAUGAAAAAUAUUCACUCAAGCUUUCUUUCUAGCGAAUACGAAUUGCCGGACUGCUUCCAGCAAGUUUUGUACAGCCUUGGUCACUUUGUUCGCCAAUUCAACCUUUAACCUUGAACUGCAUCUCACUGACAACUGUAUUUCGUGUCUUUUUGAGGUUCCGCUUGACGAUAGCUCAAUAUUUCUCUAUAGAGCGGAGCUCUGGUGUGUUGGGAGGGUUCAUGUCCUUUGGCACCACCUGGACGUUGUUCGCGGCAUAUCACUCCAUAGCCAUUUUCCGUAAUGGCCAGAUUCCAAAUCUGACCAAAACAGAACGGAACAACUGUGUUGCUUUAGGAAAGGUAACAGACGUUUUUUCAGGCACUCCUGCACGGAAAUUUCCUGCUUGACGGAACCUUUCGCGAAGAAAAUGACGGCCCGCCACACAAGAUUUUUUUUUGCAAACACCAACAGUUUAAUGUGUUUGAAAACCUCUUCCACUUUUCUUCUUCAAGUUGCUGUAUAAUAUUCCUGUCCAGGAAGCUGUUUGAAGCCUGCCUUGAUGUAACUUUUAUCAUCCUGUACCACGCAAUGAAACUUCGUCAGCAUCUCCGCAUACAGCUUUCGAGAUCGUUGUCUGGCCGACAUGUUUUGCUUAUCGUCGCGAUUUGGAGUCACCACCCUUUUUUGUAAGCCGACAGCCUGGCUCGUUUUUUAGACCGAUUCACAGUUUCAGACGACAUUCCCAGCUUGUUUGCGACAUCUCGGACGGAAAAAUUGGGGUUCCACUUGAAUCUGCAGGCCACUCGCCGAUUUUACGGCCUUAUGAUUUCGAUUUCUCUCCGGAUCCUGUCUUCCUGGCAGUCGAUAAACGUUCUCCAAACACUCAUAUUACGAUGGUGACGAUUGAUUUGCCCACAUUCAACAAAUUUUCCACCUUGACGUGUGAGUAGUUCGUAUUUUCGCGAUGCACGAGCUAAAUUUUUAAGCAUUCCCAAUCAAAAGAGCAUAACUAAAAACAGCAUAACUAAAAAAUUACAAAAUUCUAUCAACGCGAGAUAUAAGUAACAUAUCUUGAUACAAUUUUGUAUUUUUCCAUAUAACUUUGACAACAAAAUAGAAUAUGAAUGAGUUAUAAUAACAAAAACUGUAAUGAAGUAGUUCUGAAACAAGUCUAACUAAUUUCUCGUUUUCAUCAAAACCAGCUGUUUCUAACAAUGUUUGUUAUUGUAUUGUUUUAUAUACUAUCUCAUUUUGUUAGAAAGCUGAUACAUUAGAAACAAAUUUUGAUUUGUAUUUGAUACUAGUAGAAUCAUUUCUGUUAUAAUUUCUGUUAUUUUAACACCUAACGGGAUCAAAUUGAAAACACAGCCUGUAAGGUUUUUCCCGUAACAAACUAACAGCUUCUGUUACAUUUUUGUUUUUUCUUUUCGAUCGGGUUGUUUAUUUUGCUUCGAUGCCAUUUUCACAACUGAAGAGUAAAUCAGAGAUGCCAGAUGUUUUUCAAAAAUGUCUGCAUCUGCGACUGCUCGAAAAACCGAAAAAAAUCUCCUCGAAAUCUGAAAAAAAAAAAUCUAUCCGUGUUUCAAAAAUAAGUUCACGCAGGCAAAAGUCUGUAAAAAUCUGCACACAUUUUGAUAAAAUCUGCGCAAAUAUAAGGAGACUCUGACAAAAAUCUGCAGAAACUUUGCAAAAAACUGCAAAUAUCUGUGAAUCGAUAAAAAUCUGUACGUGAACUCUAAAAAUCAGCGUUUUGCAGACAAAUCUGCACAUCUGGUAUCCCUGGAGUAAAAUUCAAAAACAAACAUAAGGCAUGAGGCUAUAGACCAUCGCACAGUGACGUCACGCACCUGAGUUUGCCAGCUACUGGUAACUUUGUUUACUUUCGAAUUAUGCAGUUUCGUUCUCAAUUAUAGCAUAUCAUUCAAAUUGUGACCAAACUGACCUUUAAAUGUUGUGCGUGAGAUACCAGUAGACUAAGAACAAAUGUAAAUUGAACUGCAUUUCCACUACGCACACGGAUGCACGAUCAGAAAAAAAAAUUUCAAAACGAAAACAAAGUUACCACUAACUGUCAAAAAAGUGAGGUAGAAGAGAUAGGCUAUACACACAAAUCUUUAAAAUGAGGGAUGUUAAGGUUUUUUGCCUUUCUCCUAGAUAGGUAUAGCAAUCACUGGAAAAACCAAAGGUAUAAAAGUGUCGAAUCUCGUAUAUCAAUCGACUUAGUUUGACGAGCUGAGCAUUUUCUGUAUGUGUGUGUGUGUGUGUGUGUGCGUAUGUGUGUGUGUGUGUAUGUGUGUGUGUAACGCUCUCCCAAUCUCACUCGAUUUUCUCAGAGAUGGCUGGACCGAUCUUCAUGAAAUUAAUUGCAAAUGAGAGGUCUAGUUUUCCCAUAAGACUCUAUUGAAUUUCAUUGCAAUCGGAUUUUUAGUUUAGAGGUUAUGUUCAAAAAUGUGAAAAUCACGAAACCUCAUUAUCUCAGAAACUACUCAACCGAUUUUAACAAAAUUGGUUUUAAAUGAAUGAGCUAUUAAAAAAACCCUUAACUUUUGAGUUUCAUGAAGAUUGAACGUGCGGUUCAGAAGUUAUUUAAAGAACGUGUUCUGGAGAGUGUUUAAUCUCACUCAUGUUUCGCAGAGAUGGCUGAACUGAGUGUCAAAUGAAAAGUUUGGCUUUUUUACAGGUUCCCAUUUUAUUUGACUAUAAUCGUAUUUUUUUUUCAACCGUUAUGUAUUAAAUUAUAAAAACAACGGAAGUCUUUUAUCUCAAAGAACACACGACUUAUUUGAACAUAUCUAGUGUCCUUUGAACAGGUUGUCUUUCAAACUCACAAGUAAGAAAUUUCAUAGCAAUUUGAUAUGUGGUUCAAAAGUUAUGAAAAGAAGCGAAAUUCAAAGACUAUUAAAAACUGUAACUGCUUUGAUCAAAACAUAUGGCAUCAACAAAAUUUAAAUUUGGUAUUAUGCUAUUCGUACGUUCCCGGUAUGGCUCGUGAUUGAAGUGUACGAAAUUCAAAGUCAUUUCUUUUAUUUCGCUAUUUCUUCACCACGAAUAUUUUACUCCUAAUUAAUAUUUUUUUUAACUUUUUGCCUUUCUCCUAGAAAGGUAUAGCAAUCACUUGCAAAACCGAAGAUAUGAAAGUACUCCAAAGGGCCGAAUGGCAUAUAUCACUCGACUCAGUUCGACGAGCUGAGCAUUUUCUGUAUGUGUGUGUGUGUGUGUGUGUAUGCAGAUUUUUAUUUUCACUCACUUUUCUCAGAGAUGGCUGGACCGAUUUUAAUGAAACUAUAUGCAAAUGAAUGUUCUAGUUGCCCCAUAAGACCCUAUUAAAUUUCAUUGUAAUUGGAUUUUUAUUUCAGAGGUUUUGUUUAAAAAUGUAGAAAUCACGAAACAUCAAUAUCUCAGAAACCACACAACCGAUUCAAAAGUUAUGAAAAGAAACGUCUUCUGAAGACUGUUUAAUUUCACUAAUGUUUCUCAGAGAUGGCUGGACCGAUUUCCACAAAAUCAGUGUCAUACAAAAGGUCUAGUUACCCCAUAAGACCCUAUUGAUUUUUUUGCAAUCGGACUAUUACUUUGCCUAAUAUGUUUAAAAAUGUGAAAUCUAGCUAUGAAAAGAAACAUAUUUCGAAGAAUACAUAAACUCACUCACUUUUCUCAGAGAUGGCUGAACCGAUUUUCACGAAAUAAGUGUCAGAUGAAAGUUCUAGCUGACUCAUGACACCCUAUUGAAUUUACUGUAAUCGAACUGUAACUUCGUCUGUAAUGUACCGAAUUGUGAAAAUCACGAAACUUCAUUAUCUCAGAAAGUACACAACCGAUUUAUUCAAUAGUAUUAUCAGAUGAACGGGCUAGUUAAGGGUUAACUAAUGAAUUAUAAUUUAACACGUAGUUUCAAAGUUUGGCUGCCCUAUACCUUCCCAUUUUAUUCGAUUAUAAUCGAACUAAGCAACCGUUAUGUAUUAAAUUGGUAAUAAAACAACGAAAGUCUAUUAUCUCAAAGAUUACACGACUUAUUUAAACAUUACUAGUGUCAUACGAACGAGUCAUCUCUCAAACUUACAAAUAACAAACUUCAUAACAAUUUGAUAUGUGGUUCAAAAGUUAUAGAGAAAAGAAAUUCAAAGGCUAUUUAAAACUAUACCGGCUUUGUUAAUAUAUGUGGUCACAAUAUAAUUUAAAUGUGCUAUCGUACCAUUUGAAUGUUCCCGGUAUCGCUAGUGAUUGAAUUGUUCGCAAUUAAGAAUCAUUACUUUUAUUUCGCUAUUUAUUGAGCAUUACUUUACGUCAAAUUUCAUAUUUUAUGCUUAUAUUACAACAUCAUAAUUUUAGAACCAAAAAAGUGAAUACACAUUUAUUGGAUUGAAGCGUUCAUGUAAAUCUAUUUUUACAAAUAAUAAGUUUGAAUGAGAAAGGCUGGGUCUGACCGACAGGUGGAUUAAUUUAGGUUUUUUAAUAAACGAUAAAAAUAAUAAGGCAAAUUGAAGUUGACCAAUUUUUAUAUUCUGGUAAAUGCAUGUGUUCACAUUUCUGAUGUGGUGUUUUAAGUGUUUUCAUCAGAUCACCUGUUUUUAAGAGUUGGUGAUAUGAAGAACAUAAAAAUGAUUAUAUUAAUAAUUCUAUGGAAUUAUGUUUCAUCAUGAAAAAUUUAAAAAUCUGGAAACGAUGUACUAACAAUAAUGAUGCAAUGACAGUAUGUGUGUAUGUAUGUUUUAAAUCAAGAAAGGCUCAUUUUUUCAUAUUUCGGAACUAUUUUUUUCCUGUUUUUUUUUUUUUUUUUUUGUAAAUUUGAGUUUGUUUUGGAGUUAUCUCAUUCAGUUUUCAAUUCAAUCUAAGAUCUCAUAAUCAUCUGAUCUUAUAAUUGUCUGAAAUUUAUUCUACUGGCAACCUUUUCUUAGCCUGAAAUGCCAAUUGUCUUGCGUUCCUAAGUCUAAACACUCCACAGCGUUUUGAAAGAUUUCCUUAUUUCUCUGCAAGUCGCCUUUGAGGGCCUUUAAGACUAAUUUUGGUAACAUUUGCUGACCUCUCACCGGUGAUUCUGGGCUGAAUAUGGCCAAAUUAUUAUCACAGGUUUUUCAGGCUUUCGGAACGUUUUUCAGUAAUUGAUAUUAUAACAUGCAACCGUUUUAUAAGCUCAAUUUUUGUUGCUUAUCUCUUGGCUUUUGCAAAGAAUUCUGAGUGCGUUCGACAAACUUUUUUUUGUCUGAGAUAUUUUUGGAGAUUUACAACUGGAUGUGGGUUUUAUUUUGGAAUUAUAACCAUAUCCAACGUUUCUCUUAGCCUAAAAAAAUCGGCAUCAUUUGGAAUGAUUGUCUUUUCUUCUUCCGUUUUAGAAGUUUUCCUCGUUGAUUAUGAACUCAAUUCUCACUCUUCGUAGACUUUCCCAGACAUUUUUUACUCAAAAUUGAUAGUUGAACUUUUGACAACUUUGGGCGUAUAUUUUCAGGUUCCGAUUCUGAGUUCUGUUCGGGACUACUUUUGAGAUACUCUUCUUGCUUAUUCUUGUCCAUAUGUGGAAAAUUAUUUAUUUUUUAUUGAUUGUUUAUUUUCUUACCUUUUCUGGAGUUUACCAGCGAAUCUAAGAUUCUGGAAAAGUACUAGAAUUCUACCCUAACUAAUGUUGCUAGAUAAAUGAUUUAAAAUGCAAGCAUUCUGAUAAAGGAAACCAAAACUUUGCUUUUUAUAUAAAACCCACUUGGGACUUUCAAAAACAGCUAUUGUUUUCAUAGAAAAAAGAUGAAAUUCUGCAGAUAUAUACUCAUGUUAUGCAUCGAAGCUCAGCGAAAAAAAGCAACAACAACUAAUCACUGAAUCACAGUGUAGAAAAUAUUCGUUUCGAAAGUUGCAAUUAUUCUAACUAACCGAACACACAUACAAUUGCAAGCAAUGCUCGAUCAGGAAACAAACUGACUACUACUGUAACUCAGUGAAAAACACAAAGCCAAAAAAUAAAAGAAAAAACAGUAGUAAUCUGAAAUCAAUAUUCUGGCAACGCAAGCAUAUAGUACGCAUUAAAGACAAAAAUGUAAAUUUGUUGCAAAAAAAACAAAACCUAAUGUUCUAAGAACCAAAAACCAGAAAACAAAUAACUAAAUCGGCUUAGAUAACCGUUAGCAAUCAAUUAAAUCGAUUUAUUAUUAUACUUGAACUAUACAACCAGGAAAAAAAGCAAGCCGACGACGAAUCUCGGAGGCGGAUCAAAAAUUUGGAAUAUCCUGUAGGCGGAAAUGUACGCAGCAUCUUUUAAAAUCGCAAAAGUCGGAAAUUUUGUAUUGUAAGUGUACGUGAUCUUUCGAAGCACUGCACACAGCUCAAGUGGCCGACUGAACGAUUUGGUUUCUUUUAGGGUGCAAAACUAAUGUUAAUUAACUGAACAAAUGAAACACGGUUUAUAUACUCAAUUAAAGCAGGAGCGGUAAAUAAAAUAGUAGCUCAAUUUGUACGGAACAUUGUUAAACAAAGCACAGAUUCAUAGUGUGGGGAUUGUUUGAAAUAAGGACGACAUCUUGUAGUGGUUAGUGGAACGAAUGGAAAAGACAUUUUCGUAAGAAAAUCAAUGAAACUACAAAAAAUAGACAACAAAAAGUGUUACCUAAAAAAAAAUAACUGUCACUUAUAUUAAUGGAGAGUUUUUAACGAAGAAAAUAAAACGAGGUCAAGGUGUCUACUAAAACUAGCAGCAAGCACAAGCUAAGCCACAGUUACCAACAGGUUGGAAAUUAAAAUAAAAUAAAUUAUAAUAAUAAAUCUAACAAUAAAGUCAACAAAAGAAAAAUAUGAAUUGUAUAAAUCGACACAGCAUAGGUGAUAUUUUUCUUACUAGGCAGACCAAACAAAUGUUUCGUUAUUUGCAAACACAAACGCAUCCUGAAACACUUGGAAACCCAUAACCAUUGCUUGAGCCGCAGCUUAAAAUUAACGCAAUAAUUCUCUCGUCACUCCAUCUCUUGUAGCCACUAGGGGCCGUAAAGUACGAAUUUAAUACCAACAACUCUCAACGCUUUUCUCGGAACCAACAAACAGAAAUAUUCACCCAAGAAAGUAGAUUUUUUUCUAUUUUUCCAAGCUCUAUUUUCGUAAUCACUCAGCAGAAAGACGAUCAACCAAAUUUUGAAGAUUUUUAUUCACAAACGAAACGUUUUUUCAAAAUAUUUUCCUAAUAGAAACGAAUCGAAUUGUGUCACGGCGUGUCAAGUGAAUUUUUGUCAUUUCAUAUUCUGCGGAGGAAAUAAAUUUGCCCCGAAAAAAAACGGUAUUAGUUGUUCAAUGGAGCAACCCUGUUAGAAACGAUUUUCCGAGGCAAUAUGAAACUCGCUGACAAUGAAAUACCCAAACUCAAAACAAAACCGAAAACUCAGACAAUUGUAAUAUCAACCAAAGUUCUUUUAAGCGAUCAAUUUAUAGCAAAUAGUCGAAGACAGUCGAUCCCUUGGAUAAAUUAGAGACGAAGUUCUGGAAGACGGCGAAAGCCGACAAUGAAUGUCAAUCAAAUCGCCACAGCAGGAAUCUACAGACAAACAAACACACACACACACACACAGACACAAGAAAAAACGAGUUUGGGAAUACAAGGAAAAACUAGUUGAAAGUGGAAGAAAAAAUAAACUAGAAGAGAAAACUAAUGUAAAAUUUAAUUGUAAUGUUUUGUAACAUAUUAUUAUGAGAAGAAAAUGAGACAGAUGUUUUUAUGGUUAAAUAUAUAGUAUUCCAAAAUUGUUAUUCAGCUUCCAAAAUAA